AUGACGACUCCCACGACUACAAGCCGUGACUGCGCUCCUGCUAUCCCUCUCACCCCUCCUUCUUUCUCUUCCCCCCCUGAUGCUGCGCUGUCGGUUGAUCUGCCAAAAGACUCACUUUUUGCUUCCGGCCCUCUUGAUCCGGCUUUAUCCCUGAUUGGGCUCGAAGAUGAAGACCAUGACGGGGCUGUUUGGGAAGGCGACGUUGAAUGGAAUUGCAAGGCGCCCUCGAGUCCGACUCAUCGCCAGGGCCAGGGCGCCCUUCAUGUUGCCGUCUGCGGCGGGAACGAGGACAUGGUGCGACUACUCUUGGAUCACGGGGCCGACAUUGCAAAGCGGGACUCAAGAGGCAAUACCGCCCUGCAUGUGGCCGCGGCCAUGGGAUCUGAGAUCGUUGUCAAGCUUCUUCUCCGGAAAACCGCGGACCCAGACGAGGCCAACCUCAUGGGCCAGACGCCGCUGUUCAUGGCUGUUCAAAACGACAACGAAGCUGUUGCACGGAUUUUGUUGCUAGACGCCAUGGCUGACGUCAAUGUCCAAGACUGCUUCGGCAAUGCCGCUUUACAUGUCGCCGUGCAAGGGGGUUCCGUGUCGAUGACGAGCUUGCUUUUGAAGAACGGCGCAAACAUCAACGCUUAA